GCCAAAAUCCGAUUCCUCGCGUUAAUGAUUAUUUAUAACACCUAAACCGUGAAAUCAAAACGUUCACCCUUACUUCUAUCAAUAAAUAUGGACUACAUUUCAAUAAAAAUCCAUACUUACAAAAAUAAACUAAACCAAUUAAAACAGAGUCAACAACAGACAGUUUUGUAUAACAACACGCCCUUUAAAGGCUGACAGCUAUGCCUCGUAAGCAGACAAGGCCAAUUCCAGUCCUCCGAAAAUGUAAUUCGCCUCAAAAACUGGAGCCCAUCCUGGGCCGAUGAGGCCAACCAAUCAGAAAUGUGUACGUCAAAUGAAAUGUGAUGAUGAAGGCCCGCCUAUGGUAAAAAGGUUCUCCUAGCGCAACUUGGAAAUAUUUAAGAUUUAUAUAAAGCUCAUGUGUUCUGACAGAAAUAGAACAAGAGGUAAUACGUUCGUGUGAGUUCAAUCUGGGCGAUUUCCCAGCAAACUACAGCAGAACAAAAAUACGAGGCAAAAUCUGGAUAGUUGAGGAAGAAUAUGAAUUCAGAUAAGAAGGUACAGGCUCAGGCUGAUGCUGUAGAAUUUGAGCGACUCUUCAUGCAAAUUGUGAAGGAUGUGACUGAACAAAAUUUAAAUCACCCAGAGAUUGGUGAUUCUAUGAAACGACUCAAAGAGGUAGUUGAGUAUAAUGUACCAGGUGGAAAGAAGAAUAGGGGUCUUGCAGUUAUCACCUCUUUUCGGGAACUGGCCAGUCCAGACCAGCAGAACGCAGAGAAUUUCCAGCUGGCAUUGGUCAUAGGCUGGUGUAUAGAACUGCUUCAAGCUUUCUUUUUGAUGGCUGAUGACAUAAUGGAUGCUUCGACAAUGAGGAGAGGACAGAUGUGCUGGUACAAAAAAGCAGAGGUGGGUUUGGAUGCAAUAAAUGAUUCUUUCCUUUUGGAGGCUGUAAUUUAUCAACUUUUAAAGAAGUACUGCAAAGGAAAACCUUACUAUAUCAAUCUUCUGGAACUCUUUCUUGAGAUAUCUUUCCAGACAGAAAUAGGACAGGCCUUGGAUCUAAUGACUGCUCAGCCUAACAAGAUUGACCUCACAAGAUUUACAGAACAGAGGUACAAAGCUAUAGUGAAGUACAAAACUGCGUUUUACUCCUUCUACCUGCCUGUAGCUGCUGCCAUGUACAUGGCUGGAAUUGAUAGCGAAGCUGAACACAACAAUGCAAAAGCAAUUCUGUUUGAAAUGGGAGAAUUCUUCCAGAUACAGGAUGAUUUUCUUGACUGCUAUGGUGAUCCAGAAGUAACUGGAAAGGUUGGGACUGAUAUUGAAGAUAACAAAUGCAGCUGGUUGGUAAUAAAAGCUAUUAAACAAGCUACUGCAGAACAGAGACGCAUUUUGGAGGAUAAUUAUGGAAGAACUGACCCUGAAAAGGUUGAAAGGGUGAAAGCCCUUUACCAUGAGUUGGACAUGAAGAAACUCUAUAAGGAAUAUGAGGAGCAUAGCUACCAGAGACUGAUGUCACUUAUUGACCAACAUGCCAAUAAUCUCUCUAAGGAUGUCUUUCUCAUGUUUGCCCAGAAAAUCUACAAGCGACAGAAGUAGUCAGACACUACCUCACCAUAAAAAUGCAGCCAAAGCUCCUUCAAGAAAAUAAGGGGACUGAAGAAUCAGGACCUGAACCCCUCUAGUCACAAUGAUUGCAGUACCACAGAUAGCCGAUCAGGUUCAGCCUUCUACAUUGAGAAUGGGAGAAACGUUAACCAUUUCACUCACUUUUUCGCUGCAGUUUGAUUAGUGUGUGAUUAAGGUAUAGGCUUGUCCAACUGAUGCUGCCUUUAGGAUAGGCCUCUUUCACAGAGUGGUCAGGUAGAUGUGAUUUUCUAGAUUUUUCUGUACUGCAGCUUCACCUCUAUUUGACAUGUGUAAUUGGAAUUGUUGCUUUGAUCUUCAGCAAAAACUCGAUUGAUGAAAAGCAGCAGAAAUGAACUGUUACCUCAUUGACUUGCAAGUCUAGUAGAAUGCAUGUGAUUAAGAAUCUUGAAAUCAUCAAGGAAGAAACGCCUGUCAAAAAAUAUGUUUGCUUGUAUUAAAUAAAUUUAAUAUUUUUUA